ACACAACCGCCGCUUCCUGGCCGGCUCUAGCAGCCGCCUGAGGCCCCGCUCCUCCCUGAACUGUUAUCCGUUAAUUAUCAGCUCCGUUCCCCGAUAACAGAGGACACAGCCCCGCGUUGGCGUGUGGAGCUACCGCGAAGAUGAACGAAUGAAGCGGCUCCAAAUCGUCCGCAGAAAUACCGGGACUGUCCGUUCGGGCAAGGUCAGGGCCAGCUGCAGCCUGAGGGGCACCAGUUGUGGUGAUGGUGUUGGACUCCAGUGAAGUCUUCAUGGAUCAGGUUGAGGGUGAAAGGGUCGGGGACAUGGUGGAGCCAGAUAUCCAAGCAGAUCCACCCAAAACUGCCAGCAGCUCCUCCACAAAGGCUAAACCUUCGGCCAGAAGAAGCAGCAUCACUAAGAAGGAGAAGGCUUCCCAGAACGGCCUCCCGAACCCGGCGAGCGGCAGCCAGGUGAUGCAGAGGAAAUCAUCGUCAUCGUUGGCCACGUGUGGCUCUACGCCCAGGCCACCGCUCCGCCGCCCCCUCAGUCUGGAGAUGACGCCUCAGCGCCUGCGAGGGUCUCAGGAGCAAGCUGUGGACAGGAGGAUCCUGCAGCCACCUUGGCGCAGCGGCUCGGCAGCCCCCUCGCCCCCCACUCGCAGCCUGACCAGCCCCAGCCUCGGAGCAAGCAGCUGGAUGCGGCGCAGUGAGAGCACCUGCUCCGUCAACUACCCUGUGGGGCUGCGAGCUGGCAGAGGUCAAAUGCGGCCCGCCACCUCCCUGCCCCACAUAGCUAAAGGAGUCGGGGGCUCGACGCUCCCUACCCCCUCCAGGCCCUGUCUGCUCGUCGCCCUCAGACCUCUGAACCUGGAGCAGGAGAAGCAGGCCUUCUUCCAGUCCGACUACAAGUACGAGCCUCAAUUCGAGUAUGUGCAGCCUGAACCGAGGAGCGUGCUGGAGAAGUACAGGGAGGGCUCAGGCCUCUUCCUGGAGCAGGCGGUUGGGAUUAUGGAGUGUGUCUUGAAGAGGUUCGGCUCCUAUGAAAACUUUGAGGAGGCGACGGGUGGAAGUGUGCUGCCGAAGAGUCAAGUCUGGGCUGCUGUACGCAAAUACCUGCAGAAGGAGGGCUGCGUGGGGGAGGUCGUGGUGCGUCUGUCUGAUGAGCUGCUGUCUCAGGCGGUGAUGGUGGUGGAGAACUGUCGGCCCACUCUGACCAUCAACCUGGCCGGGGCUCGGCAACACUGGCUGGAGGGGAUGCUAAGGCAUGAGAUUGGAACACAUUAUCUACGAGGUGUAAAUAACAACCUGCAGCCGUGGGCUACCACAGAAGGCAGGAAGCAGUUUGGUCUAAAACCGGCCAAUCCCACCGAGGAAGGCCUGGCCAGCCUUCACAGUGUGUUGCUACGGAAACAGCCCUACCUGUGGCGUGCGGCUUUGCUGUACUACACAGUGUACCACGCCACCAGCAUGAGCUUCAGCCAGCUCUUCAGUCACAUCGCACGCUUCGUCCAGGACCCGGAUGUCCGCUGGGAGUACUGCCUACGUGCCAAGAGGGGACAGACGGACACCUCGCAGCCUGGUUGCUUCAGCAAAGAUCAGGUGUAUCUGGACGGGAUUCUGCGGAUUCUUCGGCAUCGAAGGACUAUUGAUUUCAAGAUGCUGACUUCUUUAGGAAAGGUGUCUUAUGAAGACGUGGAGAGGUUGCGACAUCUUGCAGCGCUCCCCCGAACCAGAAUCCCACACUUCAUGCGAGACCAGGAGCGGUACCUGCAGCAUCUAGAUCACAUCGUGGCCGUGAAUGAGCUGGACGAUUCAACACUGGAGCAGCUGCUUUCCUGAGCAUCCGGACCUGCCCGGACCACCAGACCAGGAGGAGGAAGCUGAUACAGACUCAUGUGGUGCCCCAAUUAUCGCUUACGAUAUCAGUAUUAUCCAUGCUUUAUUUGAGCAAAUUGUUCUUUUUUUGUUUUGUUUUGUAAGAAAACUUGAAUAUGAAAAAAGGGACAUGCACACUAGCGCCUCUAUCUACAUUUUUACUUCUGUCCGAUGCAUGUUUGUGACGCUUUUCACAGAGCCAAGUACAGUUCAGCUGCACCCCUUCGCCUUUACUCCCUUUAUAAAGUUACCUCAGUAUUGUCGCUCUACUAUGUAACUAACAUCAUGUAUGUAGACUCACACAUUAUCAAAUUUUAACGUUCAUAAUCACAAGCUUUAUUUAUGCACUUGUUUUGUUUUUGUUUUGUUUUUUUAUUCAGACAAAACAAACUGAAUGUCUCCGGUAUUAGCUUUAUAUAUUUUUUUUUAGACUAUGUUGUUUUAUGCCUUAGAUUGUUUGCAUUUUUAAAAAAGACACCCAGGGACGGCACUUAGUGAGGCCAUGAAUCUUUAAAACGUCAAGUGCCAGUGGACUCAGCCAAGUGUUUGAAUUUUCCCAGGGAGUAUUUUAGAUAUCAGUGUUAUUAAGAAGUUAUUCAGGAAUGUUGUCUUAACGGUGUCCUUGAUGGACUUUCGGUAUGAAUACGCUACUGUGAUAUAACCUGUCCUCGAGCUCUACCGCUGCACAACAACCAAACUUUCUUUUGUAACGUGAAGGGAACAGUUCAGCAUUUAGGAUUUUUAUUUAUUUUCUCUGCUGCCUUGCAAACUUAAAUUAAGUCCUAACAUCUUUGUGUUGACAUGUUAUGUAAAACAGUUACAUCUGAUUUCAUGAGGAAGAAUUUGUUUCUCUGCAACGAGAAUCUGGCUGCACUUGCCUCCUGACUCAAAACAGCUGUUUAAAAAAAAUGGACAACAAAAAAACCCGUUUUAGAUUCUUGAGCCUUCGCUAUGGAGGAUGAAAAGUGCCACAAUGUUAAUACACCACUGAAUAGUUUACCAAAUGCAAUUAAUUUUAUUAAAAUUAGAAAAUAAACACAGAAUAAGAAUAAACACAUUUAUCAAUAACUACCUAAAUGUGUCAUUAAUCAUAUUUUUUUACAAUCUUUUAUAAUUAAUCAAAAAGAUAAUUACACUAGGUUAAAUAUCGUCAGUACGUAAAAAAAUCCAUAAAUGUUCAUAAUUAUGUGUUUAAUUUAAAUUAAGUUCAUAUAAGAAAAAGAGGUAUAUGAUUAUUUCACUAUUUAAUUAUUUCAUGUUUCUUGAGCAUCAUGAAUUGAUUUAAAAUGUGACUGUGGCUCAUCAAGAUUGUGACGUCUUAGUUACCCUGCUCAGUAAGUAAAUAAAUAAAAGAUCCCAGCAGAGCCAGUUGAAAUACUCUGUAGGUGGGAGUAUUUAUUUAUACAUUUGAUGGUUCUACCUGUUAGUCACUGUGAUUUUAAAAAAAGAAGAAAAAUGAAGAAGCAUGUCCUUUCAGCAGUUUGACACGAUGCGUAAAGCAAAACUCUGCUGUAAAGUGAUGCAGCAUCCCAGAAGAAAGAGAUGUGCUCCAGGAAUCUACAUGAUAAAUGUCAUUGUGCUAUUAAAACGAGUCAGAAACACACAUCUUAAGGUCAGAAAGUUAAAUAGUGCUACUUUAAUAUAUGUUACAAAAGAAUAUUAACAGUAAUAUCAUGUAAACUGGCUAACUGUUUUUACAGUUCAGUUAGGGAGGCUAUGUGUUCCCUCUGUUUGCAGUCUUUGUGCUAAGCUAAGCUAGCUGUAGGCAGCAGUCUUGUAUUAGAGAGAAAAAUCUCUUCCCAAAUGCUGAACUCUGGCCCUCCGUCAGAAAAAGUGCCAAAGUGGCGUCUUUAACACUUUUUUAGGGCUUUUUGUGAAGCAGCCAAACUCAGCUGGUCUUUAGUAGCUCCUCAUCACAUGUCAGCUACUGGAGGAAGGAGGUUGUUGUGGGCAUGCGUUGGAUGGGUGUGGAGCUCCCGUGCUGUAGCUAGCUAGCUGUGUGUUUGUAGCCUGCUUUUUACUGUGUUUGACACUAAAACUGCAAAUGUCGAUCAGGGCAUUCAUUUUGGGCCAAGUUGUCAGAGCAGAACUGACAAAAAUGAAGAAAAUAACAGGAUGUGGGCUGAUCUGCAUCACAGAAGACCCACCAGUCCUAGUUUUUAACUUAAACACUUGAUCAAAAUGUGAACGCUACUUCUGUGAUGUGUUUUAAAUAGUUAGAUUUUAAAAAAUCACAUAUUUGAAACUGAUUCUGCUGUGUUUACAAUUUCAGCUACUUCAGCGGAUAAUUCGUAAAAUUCGAACGUUUCGUCUUCUGCCUCAUGAACCUCAGCCCAGAUUCUCCUAAACGAAUGCACCUAUUUGUAACGCACCAAUGUUGCACAAGUGUUUUAUGUUCUGGAAAACAUGUUGAAUUUCCAGUUUAUUUAUUAAAAUAAACAUACACACA